AUGAAGUUUUAGACACCAAAUAAUCAUGGCAUGAGAUUUUAUUCUUCAUUUUUGUCUAUGUAGUCAAGAAAUCUUUAAUAAAUAAAAACAUUAUAAGAUGAGGCUCUAGAUACUCUAAUAUAUAAUUAGUUGUAAAGCUGCAAAGCUAUUGAAAUGGUAGAGACAUAACAAAAUUAAUAAGAGUGCUCAAUUUGCCUAGAGCAAUACUAGGCAUAAGAUGAAGUUUGUAAAUUAUAGUGCCGCCAUAUUUUCCAUAAAAACUGCAUCAAUCUCUGGUUUAAAUAGAAAAAUUAUUGCCCAUUAGACAGAAUAAAAUUAUUGCAUCAUAAUUCUAUAAAUGCUAGUAGUUGA